AUGUUAAAUAAGAGGAAGUAUAUUCUGGAUCUUCUUAGGGAUCAGAAUUUGGAAAGUUGUCAUUUUGUUCUUUUUCCAAUGAGCAGAGGUGUGAAGCUUAGCCAAGAUGAUGGUGAUUUACUUCCUGAUCCAGAGGUUUACAGGAGAAUAAUUGGGAAAUUGUUGUAUUUGAACAUGACUAGGCCAGAUAUUUCUUAUGUGGUUCAGCAACUUAGUCAGUUCUUAAGUGCUCCAAGAUCCUCUCAUCUGAAUACUGUUGUACAUGUCCUGAAAUACCUUAAAGGGACUCUUAAUCAUGGCUUGUUUUAUCCUGCUAGUUCCGAGUAUGUGUUAAGUGCAUACAGUGAUGCAGACUGGGGUACAUGUGUUGAUUCAGGAAGAUCAUUAUCAGGCUAUUGUGUGUUUCUUGGUAAUGCUUUAGUUUCUUGGAAAACUAAGAAACAAAAAGUAGUGUCCAAGAGCUCUAUAGAAGCAGAAUAUAGAAGCAUGAGUAAAACUGCAGAUGAGGUGGUUUGGCUUGAAGGUUUGUUUUCAGAGUUGCAUAUUGAGGUCCCAACUCCUAUAGUUCUGCAUUGUGAUAACAUUUCAGCUCAGCACAUUGCUGAAAACCCCUGUUUUCAUGAGAAAACAAAGCACUUAAGGAGCAAACAUCAUAAGAUUGAUGUUCAUUAUAUCAGAGAACAAGUUCAGUCUGGUUUCAUUAAAUUGAAACAUGUCAAAUAUGCUCUUCAAUUGGCAGAUAUCAUGACAAAACCUUUGGGAGCAGAUCAGCAUCGCUUUUUGUCCCAGAAGAUUGGGUUGGUUAGUCAGAUUCCUGUUCAAGAAUGGCCUGUUUUGUUAUCCCCAGUUCAUUCUUGA